AUCAUUAGCACUUCCUUUUUUGCACAAAUCGAUUUAUAGUAGUGUAAAGUGUAAACUAAGAUUUAGUUCGUCGCUGGCAGUCGUUUGUACUAUUAGUGCGAAAAUGUCUACAGCCGGCAAAGUAAUAAAAUGCCAAGCGGCCGUCGCCUGGGAAGCCGGAAAGCCGCUAUCUAUAGAAGAAAUCGAAGUAGACCCACCCAAAGCUGGCGAAGUCCGUGUAAAAAUAACAGCCACCGGAGUUUGUCAUACUGAUUCGUAUACCCUCUCCGGAAAAGAUCCAGAAGGAGUUUUCCCAGUUAUUUUGGGCCAUGAGGGCGGCGGUAUUGUUGAAAGUAUCGGGGAAGGUGUCACGUCAGUCAAACCAGGCGAUCACGUCGUGCCACUGUACGUUCCUCAGUGCAACACAUGUAAAUUCUGCCUCAACCCAAAAACUAACCUGUGUCAAAAAGUACGAGUGACACAAGGUCAAGGUUUGAUGCCAGAUGGUACGAGACGGUUUCGCUGCAGAGGGCAGGAACUGUACCACUUCAUGGGAUGUUCGACUUUUAGUGAGUACACUGUGGUUCUAGAAAUUUCCAUUUGCAAAGUCGACGAUGCAGCGCCCUUGGAUAAGGUGUGCCUGCUCGGUUGCGGUAUUCCAACGGGCUAUGGAGCAGCUUUAAACACAGCUAAAGUUGACCCUGGCUCAAACUGCGCCAUCUUUGGUCUAGGAGCAGUUGGCCUGGCUGUGGCUCUAGGAUGCAAGGCUGCUGGUGCUAAACGCAUUAUUGGUGUGGACAUCAACCCUGAUAAGUAUGAGAUUGCAAAAAAGUUUGGUGUCAAUGAGUUUGUGAACCCCAAGGAUCAUGACAGACCGAUCCAACAAGUGUUGGUUGACUUGACGGAUGGUGGUUUAGAUUACACAUUUGAAUGUAUUGGUAACGUGAACACCAUGCGCGCUGCGUUGGAAGCUUGCCACAAGGGUUGGGGGGUGUCUGUCAUUAUCGGAGUGGCUGCUGCAGGUGAAGAGAUUAGCACUCGUCCAUUCCAACUUGUCACUGGCCGUACCUGGAAGGGGACAGCGUUUGGUGGCUACAAGAGUCGUGACAGUGUGCCUAAACUGGUUAAAGAGUAUAUCAGCAAAAAGUUGCCCAUCGAUGACUUUGUAACACAUGACGUUCCCCUCAAGGAAAUCAAUGAGGCAUUCCAUUUAAUGCAUACCGGAAAAUCAAUACGAGCUGUGGUACAUUUCUAAGUUUAAAUAUAUUUCUAUUUAUAUAAUGUUACUAACUAUAAAAGUUUGGUAUAAUAUUUUUAA